AGUUUGGUUCCGGAAGUAAACAUACAGCACCGUUCGCUCAUGGAGCUUGCUGUCACGUCCGAAGAUUCAGCUCGGGCAAAUGUCAGGUCGUCGAUUACUUCUACCGGUGAACUAAUAUCGUCUGAUACAUUUCCACCAUAUACCAUCGUGUCACCAUCCUCUGGUUCGUGAUAAGGCGUGUUGAUGCCACGGAUCCACUGAUCACCAUGUCACAAUUCCGUGUGGGACUGCGCCUCGUCGUCCUCAUGUGCAGUCUGGCUGCACUUGUACGGACAGAAGAGGAAUGGCUUGACCCCUACGAUAUGUUGAACUACGAUGCAGGCACGAAAACGAUGAAAAAACAAGGUACAAAAGAGCCAACAACGUAUCCCAACGUUCCCACUAAAAGAAGGGAACAUGCCGAAGAAGAUAUGGAUUGUAGCAGUCAAGUUUCGGCGUUAAAAACAGAGGUUGAAGAUCUGCGGAAGAGCAUUGCAUCUAUUUCACAGCAGCCCACAUGCAGCCCUGUUUUUAGGAGAUUCUUGACCAGAUUUCUGAAGCUGAUCGAGAAAGUUGGCUUGCCCACCGACAACACGGACAGCUUCUAUAACGCUAAAGUGAAAGUCACCAGACGGGGUGUCACAGAGAUCCAGAAGUUUCUGGAGUCGGGUGAGAUCUGGCAGCAAGGGGCAAUGGACGACGUGCUCAGCCAACUGUUGAUAGACGUGAAACCUUUGGACUUCGAGGCCUGGAAGUGGCGUUUUGAGGACGUCUUCGGAGUGGAAAUUGAUACUGUCUUGAAAGUGUUUCUCUGCGUCCUCGUCAUAGCGGCGGUCAUCUGCACUCAGCUGUGGGCCGUGGUCUCCUGGUUCGUCCAGUUCAAACGGAUGUUCGCAGUCUGUUUCCUCGUCAGCAUUGUGUGGAACUGGUUCUACCUGUACAAGAUUGAAUUUGCCCAGCACCAGAGCCGACUCGCGAAGAUGGACACGGCGUAUGAGAAAUGCACUGGAAUGAAGAAAAUCGACUGGACUGAUAAUUUAAAAGAAUGGUACAGGACUACCUGGACUCUGCAGGAUGACCCCUGCAAUGAGUAUUAUAAAGACCUCAUGGUCAGUCCAUUCCUACUGGUGCCUCCUUCGAAGGCCUUCUCGGUCACCAUCACCACCUUCUUCACAGAGCCCCUGAAGCACAUCGGCCAGGGCAUCAGUGAGUUCCUCCGUGCCCUCCUGAAGGACCUGCCCAUCACCCUGCAGUUACCCGUCCUCAUCACCAUCGUGCUCUCUAUCCUGGUGGUCAUGUAUGGAGGGGUGCAGGCAAUGUUCCAGCACGGUAUAAUGGGACCCCUGCGUCUUCGGGACCCUCCCCUCCCUCCAGCGGGGGCUCAGCCACAACUUGCCCAGUGUCAACCCGCUCAGCCACCACCGGCCCAGGUUCAACCCGCGCAGCCACCCCCGGCCUAUCUUAUGACCCCGGAGCCUCAAGGAGCUGGAGACGCCCCACUGCAGCGACGGCGGGUGCGAGGUGCAAAUGGCGCCGUGCGUCGUCGGAGAGUCCAGAGACCCAGAGGGGCGGAGGCGGCCGCAGUAGCAGCCCCCCCCAGGGUGCCCGUGGAGACCCUAGGAGACGAGGGUUACAGCCAAGACGAGACGGACUCCAUAGAGCCGUCGCUGCAGUUGUCCGCCGGGGAGCCUCACGCCCCGGGGGACGGGGAUUCAGAAGAGUAUGAGGGGGAGGAGGUGGACGAGGCGGACGAGGAGGAGUCGCUACGAGGAGCCACGCCGAGGACUGUAGCUCACGAUGCUACCAAACAAGCUGAGGCCGAGGCUAAACCCUCGGACCCCAAGCCGACCGUGCCCCGAGCCAAACGCCAGGACAAUGUGACGCAGGGUGGCAGAGGAGUUAUGACGGAUGACCGCAAUCCAGCCGGACUACCAGGAGCUGCAAGAGAACAGUCAUUCAUCGUGCUCCCUGAAUUCUCCUCUAUUGAAACUGUGUGCAGCCCGGUGCAAGAGACGUCUCCGACGCUAUAGGCUCUUCUACCCUCACUGCUGCCAUGACAAGUGUCUGAACUCUUAAAAGGGCUGCAUGUUCUGAAUUGUAAAUUUAGAACAUGCAAGAAAAACUACGCACUUUCUAUGCUGGAUUUGGGGUUUGAUGACGGGGUUUAAUGAGACUAAUAAGCUUUAAAAACGUGUCUCUAAACAACUUUUAUACACUAACUUUGUGACAUGUGCGUUUACAUUUUCUUGCAAACAUUAUUUGCAUUUAAGAUGUAAUAAAAGGAAUUUAAAAGAAAAUUGUUCGUUCAUUCAAACU